AUGGAUUGCGGGUAUCACAAUUACAUGGACGAGAUGCUCCAGAUACUUAACGAAAUCGAAUGCAGACAACCAGAACCGGAAAUAUGCAACAUCAGAUGCCCACCGUUCGGCUGUCCACGAGGGCCUUGUCCAGGAAUAUGUUGCUAUCAAGGCUUGUGCGAUGCUUGCUCCACGUCGAAAAUGCCCUGUGAUCCACCACCCCAACAGCCACCCAAGUGUCGAGCACCGCCCGUAUGCUGCCUAAGAAAUUACGCCAAGUCGGUCGGCUAUCCUCCAGAAUCUCCCCUCUCCCCGGUCAGCGCCCGAUUGCGUUCCAAGUAUUGCAUGGAAAUAUUGGCAAAUAUCUGUCGUCCCCCAUAUUGUACCACUGUGCCAAUUUGUCCGUCACCCUGUUCCACACCCCUGCCCUCCAACUGCCCUCACCCUUGCUACUGA